CUCCUGCGCCCUCUCCACACGCUGGUUUCGCGUCUUCCGUGCUGCUCUUGGAGUGAGGGCUGUCUCGCGUCUAGCGGUGCCCUGAGUCCUGGCAGCCUCCACCAUGGGCAAAACGGUUGGUUCUCUGGGUCAGGGAACCCGACCCGACCCGGUGCGGAGCUUCAAUCGCUGGAAGAAAAAACACAGCCACAGGCAGCACCAAAAGAAGGAGCGGAGGAAGCAACUAAAGAAGCCGGAAUGGCAGGUCGAGCGCGAGGGGAUCAGCCGCCUCAUGCAAAACUACGAGAAGAUAAAUGUAAAUGAAAUUACAAGAUUUUCAGAUUUCCCUUUGUCUAAAAAAACAUUGAAAGGUUUGCAAGAAGCCCAGUACCGCUUGGUAACAGAGAUACAGAAGCAGACCAUAGGGUUGGCUUUACAAGGUAAAGAUGUGCUUGGAGCUGCCAAAACUGGAUCUGGCAAGACUUUGGCUUUUCUUGUCCCAGUGUUGGAAGCCUUAUACCGCCUGCAGUGGACUUCAACAGAUGGCCUGGGUGUUCUGAUAAUAUCACCUACUCGAGAACUGGCCUAUCAAACAUUUGAGGUUCUACGAAAAGUAGGGAAGAAUCAUGAUUUUUCAGCUGGUCUCAUCAUUGGUGGAAAGGAUCUGAAACAUGAAGCUGAGAGGAUCAAUAACAUAAACAUACUCGUUUGUACACCAGGUCGACUUCUUCAACACAUGGAUGAAACAAUAUGUUUUCAUGCCACCAAUCUUCAGAUGUUAGUUCUUGAUGAGGCAGAUAGAAUCUUGGAUAUGGGCUUUGCUGAUACCAUGAAUGCUAUUAUUGAAAAUCUUCCCAAGAAACGCCAGACUUUACUCUUCUCAGCCACACAGACCAAAUCUGUAAAGGACCUUGCACGCUUGAGUUUGAAAGACCCUGAGUAUGUCUGGGUUCAUGAGAAAGCAAAAUACAGCACCCCUGCUACAUUGGAACAGAACUAUAUAAUUUGUGAGCUGCACCAAAAAAUAAGCGUGCUGUUUUCCUUUUUGAGGAGCCACCUAAAGAAGAAGAGUAUUGUGUUUUUCUCCAGUUGCAAAGAGGUGCAGUAUCUGUUCAGGGUGUUCUGCCGGCUGCGCCCAGGGAUCUCCAUCCUUGCUCUCCAUGGCCGGCAGCAGCAGAUGAGAAGGAUGGAAGUCUACAAUGAAUUUGUCCGGAAGAGGGCUGCAGUGCUUUUUGCUACUGAUAUUGCAGCCAGGGGGCUGGAUUUUCCAGCUGUGAAUUGGGUUCUUCAGUUUGAUUGUCCAGAGGAUGCCAAUACAUAUAUUCACAGAGCUGGGAGAACAGCCAGGUACAAAGAGGAUGGAGAAGCGUUAUUAAUAUUACUACCUUCAGAAGAACAAGGGAUGGUGCAGCAGCUUCUCCAGAAGAAAGUACCUGUGAAGGAGAUCAAAAUCAAUCCAGAAAAACUUAUCGAUGUUCAGAAAAAAUUAGAAUCAUUUUUAGCUCAAGAUCAAGAUUUAAAAGAAAGAGCUCAAAGGUGUUUUGUCUCCUACAUACGUUCAGUAUAUCUUAUGAAGAAUAAAGAAGUGUUUAAUGUGAGCAAGUUACCAAUUACUGAGUAUGCACUGUCUCUUGGUCUUGCUGUGGCACCACGGAUAAGAUUUCUUCAGAAAAUGGAGAAACAGCCCACCAAAGAAUUGGAAAAGAAUCAAGUCACUGAAGCAGUUCAGCCCAGAGCUCCCUCCGUCACCAACGAUGAAGUAGAAGAGUUUAGAGCUUAUUUCAGUGAGAAAAUGUCCAUCCUUCACAAAAGUGGGGAAAGACUAGAAGAGACAGAACACAGAUUGACUAGUGGUGAUAGUGACGAAGAACAAGACGAAGAUACGGAAGAUGAAGAAAUGGAAGCUCAUCUGGGAAAAGCCAGAGAGCCUCACACUGAAUCUGUUCUCAGUACUGAGGAGGCACAGAAGGUCAAGGACCUUCCUGUGCAGUUCUUAGACCAAGAUGAUGAUGAUGAAGAUGGGCCUGACUCUGACUUCCUCACGGUGAAGCGGCGUGAUGUGUUUGGGUUGGAUCUUAAAGAGAGUGAAGCACCGUCGAAAAAAGAACCUUCUAAAUCCAGUGUCAAGAAAAAAUUAACCAAAGUUGCAGAAGCAAAAAAAGUAAUGAAAAGAAGUUUUAAAGUGAACAAGAAAAUAACGUUUACUGAUGAAGGGGAGUUGGUUCAGCAGUGGCCACAGAUUCAGAAAUGUGCUACAAAAGAAGCGGAGGAAGAAGAUGACAUUGGUGGUAUCAACCUAGACAAAGCAAAGGAAAGGCUUCAGGAAGAGGACAAAUUUGACAAAGAAGAAUACAGGAAGAAAGUUAAGGCAAAGCACCGGGAAAGACGCCUAAAAGAAAAAGAGGCCAGAAGAGAAGCCAACAAAAGACAAGCAAAGGCCAAAGAGGAAGAGGAAGCCUUUCUGGACUGGAGUGAUGAAGAUGAUGGUGGGUUUGAUCCAAGCACACUUCCAGAUCCAGAUAAGCACAGAAGUUCUGACGAAUCGGAGAGUGAAGAUAUACAACACAAGAUGAGUGACACCAAGAAGAAGCAGGAAAUGAGGAAGAGAAACAACACUGAAGUUGAUGAUGUAAGACCAAGUCAUUAUGGAAAGAAGGCCAAGUGGGAAACAUUAGAACCUUUGGAUACAGGCCUGUCUUUAGCAGAGGAUGAAGAGCUGGUGUUACAUCUCCUCAAAAGUCAAAACUAGACAUUCUCUGUGCCUCUGUGGACUUUGAUACCUCUGGACAUUACUAUGUGGGCAAGAAGUUGAGAACAGCUUUGAGUUUUGAAAUAUAAGGAACAAUCGUAGAAUAUGAACAUAUCAUAUACUCUGUUAGACCUUAUGAAUAGGCACUUCCACCAUUGGAAGUGCUUGUUUUAUUUUCACAGUGCUGAAGAGUAAACCAAGGCCUUGCACAUGGUAGAUAAGAGUUCUACUCCUGAGCUGUGUACCUAGUCCCUGCUUGUUUAUUUCACAGGCAAGGUUCUGUAAACAUUGUUAAUUUGUUAUUGUUAAGUAUACAUAAUAAUUUUAUGUAUAUUUCAUUAUCUCCAAAGAAAGAGUAUAAUGGACUAGUCCUGACAAAGAAUGAGUAUUUUUUAAUUGACUUCAUAAAAAAUAAACAUAUUUCUUAUAAAAUACUAUUGUUUUCAUUGUAUCCAGUGAUAUAAAAGACACUCAGAGAUAGACUCAUAAAAUUAAAACAUGAGAAAUUCCUAAAACAAGUUUUUUUGUAUUGUUAAUUAGCCUGCUCAGUGUAACACAUUACACUUAAACUUGGAGAUCGCUGGCAAUUAUUUAUUAAAAUCUCUAGACAUCUGAAGACAUUCUUCAUGUGCUCUUUAGUGGGUAUCAUGGGUUUCCACCUAGCUCCUUAUGAGAAAAUGAGAUAGAACCUCUGUUUUGUUAUCAAUACUAUCCAUCUUCAAAAAGAAAAACAUGGAGAAAUCUGGGUAUUGACAUGAAAUGAUUGAUUUUAAUGUAAAUUGUUACUUUCAAGAUUCUUUUCCUAACCUUGUCUUCCUAUCCCAUUCACUAUCAAACCUAAUUUUCAGCAAUGAACAGCAAUAAAUUCAACUUCUUAAGGAAGAAGAUGGAUGGUAACUUGGGUUUCUCAACACUUUCAGUUCAGCCAGUAUGUAUCUCUGAGAAAACAUUUCAUCUGUCUUGUGUAUUCAGUGCUCUCAUGAGCAGUCAUCUUCCCACAUUUAAAAUAUCUGUCGGCUUUUUGGGUUCUCCCUGUACUGUUGCUGUUGAUUCUUCCUUUUUACAGACAACACCAUUGCUUAUUCUAGGAGUUUAGCCUUUACUGUUUAGAGUCUUAUCCGGAUUUGUCCAGACCCUCGAGGUUCUUAACAAGUCUGACUGCUUCUACCAGCACAUUUUCCAACCUGCCUUUCUUGGGAGUUCUCUCUGUAGCCUGUAGAUCUGAGCAUGUUUCCCUCCUCUGAUUCCUUCAAUUACAGCAUCUAUUAUGUGAUACAAUCAACCUUUGUCUAUAAACCUAUUGGUAUAUUAUGACAUUUUCCUUGGGAACAGCAGUGUGUUUUAUCCAUCCUUUACACCUGUGGUGGUUUGGUCUAAGGAGUGGCACUAUUAAGAGGUCUGGCCUUGUUGGAGGUGGUGUGUCACUGUGGGAUGGGCUUUGAGACCCUCCUAGCUGCCUGGGAGACAAGUCAGUCUUGCUCCUGGCUGCCUUCAGAACAAGACUUCAGAACUCUAAGCUCCAUGCCUGCCUGGAUGCUGCCAUGCUCCCACCUUGAUGGUAAUGGACUGAAUCUCUGAACUUGUAAGCUGGCCCCAAGUAAAUGUUGUUCUUUAUAUGAGUUUCCUUGGUCAUGGUGUCUGUUGACAGCAGUGGAAACCUUAACUAAGACAAUACCCUAUAGGCCAAAUACAGCACCUUCCCUGUAAUAAUUAGGACUGUGAUUUCAUGUCUACUCCUAAUAAACCAAGAGACAUUUAUUUAC